AGAAAGGGAGGGGACGACAACCAGGGGAGAAAGGUUUCCUGUACAAAGCGUCCUGGCUGUCAGCUGUUCGUCGGCACGUUACGUGAACUUGUUUUAAGUUCAAGUAAAACAUCCGCUGAGUCGAAAGGCGGAAGGACUGCUUUUAAUUUUUUUUUUUUUUAAAGGGGAACCUUUCAGCGGCGCGCCUCAUUUCUACACGGAAUUCUGUCACACCGGGACCGUAAAUACACCGUCGUAGCUUGUUCCUGCGGCGGGGCAGUAGACGGCGGAGGAGAGUUGUGGGGGGGGCGGUGGUUUGGAAACGAUGAAGAUUUAACAGAGAACAUCGCCGUGUCAAUGACACGAACCGCUCUUGCAGAGCCGUUAAGUUCCGGGGUUCCGGUGUGAAGGUGUGACUCAAACCGAGGGAUGGAGUCGUGUCGGCGGACGGGACUCAGCGGGGUCCUCUGCUCCCUGUCGCUGCUGUCUGUCAUCAUGGACAUCCAGCUGGACGGUGUCUUGGGGGCGACUCAUGUCGAGAUCGAGCACCACUUGGAGAUGGGUCGCAAACUUUUGGCCGCUGGUCAACUGGCUGAAGCGUUGUCACACUAUCACUCUGCCGUAGAGGGAGACUCUAAGAACUACCUGACCUACUACAAGCGAGCUGCAGUGUUUCUGGCUAUGGGGAAAUCAAAAUCUGCCCUUCCAGACCUGACCAAAGCCAUCCAGCUCAAGCCCGACUUCCUGGCUGCCAGGUUGCAGAGAGGGAAUAUCCUGUUAAAGCAGGGCAGCACACAGGAGGCCAUGGAGGACUUUAAAGCUGUGCUGCAGCGCUCACCAGACCACGAAGAAGCUCAGGACCAGCUGAUGAGAGCGAACGAGCUGGAGGAGCUGCAGGAGGAGGCGCAUGCUGCGUACCACCAAGGGGACUAUAGCACGACCAUCAACGUGCUAGAGAGAGUCAUUGAGAUCUCUCCUUGGGAUCCUGAGUCUCGGGAGCUUCGCGCAGAAUGUUACAUCCGAAUGGGAGAUCCACAGAAAGCCAUCCUGGAUCUGACGCCGACCACGAGGCUACGCAACGACAACCGCGCCGCCUUCCUGAAGCUCAGCAUGCUGCACUACAGCCUCGGAGAUCACAGCGAGUCGCUCAAUCACAUCCGAGAGUGUCUGAAGCUGGACCAGGACGACAAAGAGUGUUUCAGCCACUACAAGCAGGUGAAAAAGCUCAGCAAGCAGCUGGACUCGGCAGAGGAACUAAUUCAGCAGGACAGGCAUCAGCAAGCCGUUGAUAAGUAUGAAUCGGUGAUGAAGACCGAGCCGAACAUCCUGUUCUACACCAACCUGGCCAAGGAGAGGAUCUGCUUCUGCAUGGUCAAGCUCAGAUUGAGUCUGGAGGCUAUAGACGUGUGUUCAGAGGCUCACCAGAGAGACCCCCGCAACGCCAACGUCCUCCGAGACCGUGCCGAGGCGUACAUUUUCAACCAGGAGUACGAGAAAGCUGUGGAGGACUACCUCGAGGCGAGAGAGUUUGACAGCGAAGGCGAACGGAUGGAUCUCAAAGAAGGACUCGAUCGAGCGCAGAAACUGCUCAAAAUCUCUCGUAAGAGGGACUACUACAAGAUCCUCGGUGUCGGCAGGGGCGCAAACAAGCAGGAGAUCAUCAAGGCGUACAGGAAGCUGGCGCAGCAGUGGCAUCCUGACAACUUCCAGUCCGAGUCGGAGAAGAAAGAGGCGGAAAAGAAGUUUAUCGACAUCGCGUCAGCUAAAGAGGUCCUGAUUGACCCAGAAAUGAGGCAGAAGUUUGACGCAGGCGAAGAUCCCCUGGACCCUGAAAACCAGCAGGGCGGGGGUGGAGGCGGAGGACAGGGCUGGCCUUCCCACUUCAACCCCUUUGAGUCCGGCAGCAGCUUCCACUUCAAGUUCCACCACAACUAGAGCGGAGGACUUGGCGGACACCGCAGGGGGGGCGGCGGAGGAGAAGAACAACAACUUUCGGCGGAUUAAUGGAGAAGUCUUCCUCAGAACUUGUGCGACAGUUUUGUCGGUUACUUGAACUUUUGAUUUUGGAUGCAGCGGAGCUGUACGGUGUACAGUGACUAAAACGAAGGGUCUGACGGGCUCCUGAAGGUCUUGGGAGUUGACAUUGGGGGAGGGGGGUUGUCCGCUCUUAUAGUUUCUUUCUUUGUGCCAUUCUUCAAACCUUUUUUUCGAGGGAUUUUUGAUUUUUUUUUUUCUUUAUGCAGUAGCUGCUUGGACAUGACAUCGGAGGACUGUCGGUGUGUUGAUUUCCUCUCGCAGUAUUCUUUAAAGGAAUUACAUUUUUGACCAUGUGGAACCUUCUCUGUACGACAGAAACAAGAGAUUUUUAUACAUCAUGGCAGCAAGGGGUUUAUGUUGUUGAGCUUCAACAUUAAUGGGAAGUGCGUGAGUCUUCCACACUAGUAAAGAAAACUCGUGGGUGUUAAAGCUUUGAAAUCCUAUGGAUCUUAAAUCGGUUCGGCUCUGAUUUGUUUUUGUUUUUCACCUGCUAUCUAAUUGGAAUUAUGUGAGAAUUCUGUAUUUUAUUGCAUCUUCAACAGGCUAAAUAUCCAGAUCCAAACAUUAUGGAUGCAACUUAUUAUGAACACUUGGCAAAAACUCACACAUAAACAAAACAAACUAAUAUUCUGGACAAAAGUGUCGUAAUCGAUGAGUCGAGACUUGUAGCAUUUAGCUUAUUUCCUUUUCACUCAUUUCGAAGCAAAAUCUUUGAAAACUUGCACUUUUACCCUUUUUGUUUGACAAACUCCACUCCACUGAAAUGUUACUGCAGGUUUUUUUAAAACUCUUUACAAACUAA